AUGACAUUGAUGGACGAUAGCAAGCUAGCCAUUCGAGGGCCUCCAGGGGUGGAGAUUCUGCCUAAAGUUAUGACCCAUCUCACCUUCCCCAUGGAAGACAUCACAAAGAUUAAGAAAUCCGUCGGCGGAACGGUAAACGAUGUGAUAAUGGGCGUAAUACUCUACGGUUUUCAACGAUAUCUGGAAACUACUCAUUCUCAUGGAGGAAACAGGAAGGAAAUGAAAAAGUCAAGAGUAACAGGGCUUGUUGCAAUCAAUACAAGAGUUCUGUCAGGAUUGAAGGAUAUAAAAGAGAUGAUGAAACCUGAAAGUGAAGCACCGUGGGGGAACCGCUUUGGACUGUUGCAUAUACCCAUUUCCACCGCUAAUGUGGAGAGUCCAUUGGAUUUCGUGCGAAGAGCCAAAAAAAUCAUAGAUCGGAAGAAAAUGUCACGUGAAGGGUUCAUUACAGGUCGACUACUCAGCUACCUGGGCCGAGAGGCGUCUGCUAAAUGCUUUUAUAAGACUAUGACAAAUGCAACAUUAACAGUAUCCAAUCUGACCGGCCCGAUGGAGAAGAUGGCACUGAAUGAAAUUCCGGUGAAGAACAUGUUUUUCUCGGUUUCCGGUUUGCCUCAGACCCUUCUGUUGACGAUGGUGAGCUACAUGGGAAAAUUAAGGUUGGAUGUGAUUGGCGUCAAAGGUUACGUAGAUUGUGAUAGUUUGGCCAAGUGUUUUGGCGAGUGCUUUGAAGAGAUCAAGGAGGCCUCCAAUGCAUUAUAGGCUAUCUAUGGCCUCCUCUGCGCAUUAAAAAUCUUCUAUUAUUCUAUUCCAUUUGUAUUUUAAUCUUUCGAAAAAAGAU